AUGGUUGAGCGUUUUCAUCGUCAACUUAAAGCUGCGCUUACUGCUUCACAGUCGAACUCACAAUGGUCAGAACGUCUACCGAUUAUCUUGCUUGGUAUUUGUAACACCAUUAAAGAAGACAUUGGCUGUUGUCCCGCUGAAUUGGUCUUUGGCACUACUUUCAGGCUCCCUGGAGAAAUGGUGCUAGACUUAAGGGUUACUGGAGAAGUUGAUCCGAUCUCGUACGUCACACGCCUGAGGCAGCACUUCAGUUCAAUUCGUCCAACGCCACCUCGAAUCAGUCCUCGGAGUCAACAGGCACACCCGGAUUUGCGCACAUGCCUCUUCGUUCUCGUGCGCUUCGAUUCCGUCCGUGAACCUCUGACACCGCCCUACGAGGGCCCCUUCAAGGUUGUUGCCCGGAAAGAGCAUUACUUCGUGUUGGAUAGAAAUGGUUAUCAGGAUACUGUGACUAUUGACCGCCUGAAGCCGGCGUACAUCGAGUCACGACCCAUACCGAAACCCACAGACAUUCCUGUCACCGACCAGCUCACCUUCCCAAGUACGCCUCCUACGCAGCCCAUGUCUGACACCUCUGUUCCCUCUUCCGCACCCCAAGCACCUCACGACAAAACUCGAAAUCGCAUCAUCGAACACCCUUCGGACGUACAGUUGUUCUCCCUUCCAGACUACGGUAAAUGA